AUGAGGCUCGAUCUGGGUUUGGUGCUCGAAAUUUCGGAGAUGGAGAUCGAUUGGUGUUUGGCCCUGGAAAUAUCAGUGGGGCAUAAUCUGAGUUUGGGUAUGGUAGCUUUAGGGAUAAGCUUAUGGGUAAGUGAUACUCAUGAGGAUCUCAAUGAUGAUGAAGAUGUGGUUAUUUCUCGAGGUGAGAAGGGGCCGAGCAUUCAGUUCUCUGAUCGUGCAAUGGAUCGCCUUUCCUAA